GGAAGAGGCGGGGCGAGUUCGGCUGCGCGCGCAGAUGUCACUCAUUGGAGGAGCAAAGAUGGCAGCAAAUGUAUUCCGAGUCAUUCUCCAUGACUGGAAGACUUGCGUGCGGUGGAGCUACGGGCGACGGCAGCUGAGCCAGACCCAGGGGCCUCCUGAUAACCCCAGCUUUGUGGAGUCUGUGGAUGAAUACCAGUUUGUGGAGCGCCUGCUCCCCCCUACCAAAAUCCCAGAGCCACCAAAACAUAAACAUUAUCCCACUCCUAGUGGUUGGCAGCCUCCCAGAGAUCCCCUUCCCAGCUUGCCCUACUUUGUUCGUCGCUCUCGGAUGCACAACAUCCCUGUCUAUAAGGAGAUCACACAUGGCAACCGACAGAUGACCUUAAUUCGCAAGGUAGAAGGUGACAUCUGGGCUCUACAGAAGGAUGUGGAAGAAUUUUUGAGCCCACUGCUGGGAAAGACGCCUGUCACCCAGGUUAAUGAGGUGACAGGUACUCUUCGAGUCAAGGGCUACUUUGAUGAGCAACUUAAAGCCUGGCUCCUUGAGAAGGGCUUCUGAGGCCUGGUGGUCAGCCCGUGUGGCAGUGCUCGC